AAAAAAAAAAAAGCUAGAUAGAGAGAGAAAGAGAGGUAGUUUCCUUGUUUGUUUGUUAUUAUAAUGGAGAUAACAGUAGUGGGGUUCAAAUGGUCAACCCAUGUAGAGAGAGAUAGAGAGACUUUUCAUAAUUCUCUCUCCACACCAUAUUCGUUCCUCUACUCAUUCAUUCCUUUGAUUAUUAAUGAUAGAUAGCCACCCACCCACCCAACCCUCACAACAUCAACAACAAAAGUCUUCUUCUAUCAUUCUCUUCUUCAUUCUUCAUUUAAUUUCCUCUCUCUCACUCAAUAUAUACAUCCCUUUUAACAGACUCAUAUUCUUCAUUCCUAUAUACCACACCAAAUAUAUCUCAACCAUAUAUAACAAUACAUCAAAUUAAGAUAGAUGGGUUUUGAUGAUAUUUGUAAUACAGGCCUUGGGUUAGGAUUAGGGUUUACAGUCUCAUCGGACGAUCAGAGACCGAAGAAGGCGUCGGACAACAUGGGGAAGGAGAUGAGGAGUUUCGAGCCGUCGCUAACGUUAGGUCUUUCGGCCAAUACUUAUGAUCAAGUAGGUAAGAAGAUUGAUCAUGUGAUGAGCAACGAGUGUGCAGCAGUUCAUGAAUUAUAUCGUCAAGAUAGUGGUGCUUCCUCCUUCUCUAAUGCUAGUGUGAAGAGGGAGAGAGAGGUUGGAAAUGAUCAAGAGGUUGAGAUAGAGAGGGUUUCUUCAAGGGUGAGUGAUGAAGAAGAUGAUGGUCUGAAUCCAAGGAAAAAACUUAGACUCACCAAAGUUCAAUCUGCCCUUUUAGAGGAAAGCUUCAAACAGCACAGCACCCUCAGUCCAAAACAAAAACAAGAUUUAGCAAGGGAGUUGAAGCUAAGGCCUCGACAAGUAGAAGUUUGGUUCCAGAAUCGGAGAGCCAGGACAAAGCUUAAGCAAACAGAAAUGGACUGCGAGUUCUUGAAGAAAUGCUGUGAAACAUUAACGGAUGAGAACAGAAGACUACAGAAGGAGGUCCAAGAACUGAAGGCACUGAAAUUGGCCCAACCCUUCUACAUGCAACUGCCGGCAGCCACCCUCACCAUGUGCCCGUCGUGCGAGCGGAUCGGCAGCGCCGCCAACAAUACCUCCAAGAGCCCAUUCACAAUGGCUCCAGACCCUUCUCACUUCUACAGUCCCUUCACCAAUCCAUCCGCAGCUUGUUAAUUUAAUUAAUUAGUUGUUUAAUUAGUAUAAUUUGCCAGCCAAAUAGAACUAAACUUUUCCAUACAGUCCCAAGUCCCAACCUUUUUUUUUUUUUUUGGCUAAGUGCAUCUAAUGAAUGAUCUUAGUGUUAAUUAUAGAAAAAUAGAAGUUAAUCAUCAAUCUUCUCCUCUUACUA